GUGAAGGGGAAGGCGUGUAUGACUGACCUGCAGAAGUCAGUUUCUUUAUUUAGAUGAAAAACGACGUCGUAGGAUUGCCCAUAUUAAAAGGUUAAAAUAACGCAGGUGAGGAUAGUGGGUGACGGUCAGGUGAAAGUAAUACUCAGGGAACAUCAAAUAAAUCGGCGGCGGCCUUCUUCUUUAUUGGCAGGAAGCUACCAGAAACCCUAAUUUUUGGUCUUUGAUUUUACUCCUUUCAGGUCCAUCCUGCAAACUGCUUUGCGCAUUAGUUGUUUGACUGGUCUCUGGAGUGCAAUGGCAGAUGAGGAACCUGUUGACCCGAAGAAGCAUCUUGAAGAGGCUUGCAAGCCUAAGUGUGUGAAACCAUUGCUUGAAUAUAAGGCUUGCGUCAAGAGGAUCCAAGGAGAUGAGUCAGGGAACAAGCAUUGCACGGGACAGUAUUUUGAUUAUUGGUCUUGUAUCGACAAAUGCGUUGCACCGAAGCUAUUUUCAAAAGUGCAGUGACGGGGCAUAAAUUUUCGUGGUACUUGAAGUGAGAAAACUGUUUCUGAUUUUGUUAAACCUUGUACACCAGACUGGUAAUGUGUUGUGGUUUCUUGUUUUGAAGCAUGAUGGAAUUUUUGUUUUGUGGAAUAUUGGGAAUAAAAGAGCAUCCAGUUAUUCUUUUGCUCCAGUUAU